AUGCUCUGCGCGUUAGUCGGAAUAUUGAGUUUUCUGAGCGUGGAUGCAUACCGACUCAAUGUUCCAAGAGUACUUCUACCAUAUCAUCCAAGUGUUCCAGUCUCAUUCGUUCUCGAGGUCACACAUCCGACUGGCGGCUGUUUCUCAUGGUCAUUUUUCGAAUUUAAAAAAAGUUUUUGCUCUUCUCAUUUAUAAUCUCACACUUUUCGAAUGAUAAUCGGGGAAAAAAAACCUGAUUUCAGUCUUUACAAUCCUUCUUGUAAUUUUCAAAAGGUCAUAUGCAAAUUUUUAGAAUUGUUGAGAAGAGGAAAGGCCCUUUUAUUGAUUUUUGUACCCCUGAACACCCCCUAGGGAAGUUUUUUUUUCGGAUUAUUUGUUAACAGCCCAAUCGAAGAGUUUGGCCCGGAAAAAUAACGAAAAAAUCGAAUUUAGGAGAUCGACGAGGCCGGAUAUCGUUUCUGUGAAGCUCAUCGACACUGGAAUGGGCUCGAAAUGCUCAGACCGGGCCGAGAUUCGGUCCGUCGCAAAGCCAGGUGGAAUCGGGUCCAGCGAACUAUCGGCCGUCAUCUUCGCGGAGGACAAGGGUUUCCGAAAACUAAAGUCGAAUAUAAAUAACCUUUUUCAAGGAUCGGGGACGACUUUGAGUUGUGGAGUGACCGUCGAUGAAAUCGCGACGAUUUCGAUCGAAACGACGACCAAAGUCCUUUUCGUGGACGCCGCCCCGGCCAGGAUGACCGUCGAUGCUUUCAACGCCGAAGGUUGACACAAAAAUGAGAAGAUUAACUCAGAAAUGGGCUUUUAUUGGAGUAAAAUUUGAAAAAAAAAGUCGGGAGAAAAUCAUGACGAUUUCAAAAAAGAAGCGGACAUAUGAAAAAUGAAUAAGUUUUCAGGAGAUCGAUUUUCGACGUUGAGCGAAAUUUCGCUCGAUUGGGAACUUUCGGCCAACGGAUUCAAAGGGGAACGGCCGCUGAGAAUCGUUCCCUUCGAGCAGUCGACAUAUGAGGCGCCCGCAGAAAUCGUUCGGCUCGAGAAGAACAGGAAGAAAGGUUGGCGUGUAGGAAAAGGAAGUGAAAAUUAAUAAUAAAAUUUGUACUGAGGGAUAGAAAAAAAUCAUUUCAGAAAAAUUCGGAUUGUAGGAAAAAAGUUUUUCCGAAACUUUACCUUUUUUUCACAAGAUUAUAGAUGUCAAUUUAUUUUUUUCAGCUAUACUAAUUUUUUUAUUUUUUUGUUUUAUUUUUUUUCCCCAACAUUUUUAUUUUAACGAAACAGAGCUUUAAUAAAAUGAACUUAAGGUAAAAAUUCUAAGAAGAACUAUAUUUUUUUUCAGGUUAUGUAAUCCUGAUUGAAGGCGUUUCGACGGGAUCCGCGGCGCUUACGGCCAAAUUCAGCGAUUCCUAUUUGCAGGUGGGAAAAAUAAAAAAAUUGGAUAAUAAAAAGAAGAGAAGAGAACUUUUUAAAGCAUGUUUUCGAUAAAUUUAAAAACUUUCUCAUGAAGCGAAUAAAGAAAUGCAUUCAGUAGUCUUUCGUCUUGAAGAAAUUACUACAGAGAUCGAAGUGGCCGCUUAAGGGGUGUUUUUUCGCUCUAGUGAUCACUCAAAAACGACAGAGAGGGUGGGAAAUAUUUUUUGAAGUAGAUAUUGCAAAAAUAAGCGAUUUUAGCGCGCUGAGUUUUUUUUUAGUUUUUGAAAAUGAAGAGAAAUGAUAGUUUUCUCUUAGACUUUUUUCAAAAAUGACUUGAAAGAAUGAUUUUUUUUGGUGGUAUGAAAAAAAUAAAUGCGAAAAUGGGAACUGCGACGUUUUUCGACUUUUUUUAUCGAUAAAAAUCUUCGUUUGAAUCUUCUGAUAUAAAGUAUGCAAUUUAUUCAUCAUUAAAACUCGAAGAAAUAGGAAAAAAAAUGUUAUUAAGUGUUUUAUAAACUGAAAAAUAUAUGGGGAAAAAAGUCGGAAAUUUCCCUGGCAAUAUGAAAAAAAAAACGGAAAAGUCAUCGUUCGAAAAUUCGCUGGUUUUUCAUCAUACCACCGAUCUUUUUUUAAUUUUUUAAACCUGAACGGCUUGAGAUGAAAAAUCAUUUUUGAGUUUACAGAAAGUCAAGGCGCACACAGUUGAGCUGGCGGUUGUGGCGAAUCUCCUCUUGGUCCCUUCUCACGAUUUGUAUGUACCCCUCGAGACGGUCGUUCCCUUCCAAGUGCUGAUCAUCAAACAAUUCGGGACGGAAGGUGAAAAAUAGACAUUUUGAGAUUUUCGAAAUGAGUUGAAACGGAUUAAAAUCGGAAAAUAAAAAAAUCAUUUGGAAACAUGUUUUGCUUGUUAUUAAGUGUCUCGUGAUUAGGAAUGAUGGAGGCUUGUUUUUUUUUGUUUCGGGAAUUCAAAAUGAUGUAUAAAGAAACUAUUUUCAGUGGUCCCGAUGCCUUCCUCAGCCUAUAAUCUCCAGGUUGAUUCAUCGGACGUUGCCAAGCUGGACGAAUCUUCCUCAUCCAUUCGGGCGAUUUCCCGUGGAAACACGGCGAUCCACCUCCUGAGCAGUAGUGAGUUUGUUGAGCUGGGAUUAUAGAAAAGAAAGAGCAUGUUUUGCAAAGGUUUCGAGCCGAAGAACCGUUUUUACGGCUACUUUAGGUCAUUUCAGACUUCUGCGUCUCAGAUUUGUGACCUGUUUAUCGAAAUAUUGUGAAAAAAAACUCUUUGACUUUUGCAGAUGUCGACAUUCGCGCCAAAGCCGGCAUCCGACCUCCUUCGACGGCGAUCCACGUCACAGACCCCGAAUCGCUUCAAUGGCACGUGAGCGGAGAGAACUGGAUGCUGCAGACCGGCCAGACCUACGUGAUCAACAUCGAUCUGCUCGAUGAGCACGGAAACGUCAUGUUCAUCGGCGAUGUUGGUCGUCCAGAAGCUUCCCCUUGAAGUCGUCAUCUUUUCAGAACCUGCGAUUUUCGACAGAGAUCGACAAAUCCUUGUUCCGAGUCGGAAGGUCAACGAGGAACAGCACCUGGCUGACCGUGACGCCUUUGAGACCCUCGAAGACGGCAUUGAAGAGCAGAUUCGUCGGGAUUCUCGAUGAGGUGCGCCGAGGGAAAGUUAUAAAGGCUCCGGAAGUUUCGGAAGUUGCAUUAUCUGAACAACCUGACAAAUUUUAGUAGAUCAGCUUUAUUUUUAUCAAUUUUUUUUUUUAUUAGGAAUCCUUGAAAAAAAUAUAUAUAGUCGAAUCACGGCUCGGAACGUGGCCACUCUGCGCUCUCCACCAGGGAGCCACUGUCUCUUUUCCUAUCGUGUCAGGACCAUUAGGGCUCAAACCAGCCCUGAAUCGGUCAUAAGCCUUCCUCAUAAAUUUGCUCUCGGUUUCAGAACGGCCGCGAAAUUGCCCAAAACGGACGGGUUCACGGUGAUCAACAGGUCGCCAUCGUAGAUCCCGUCAAAAUCGUUCCAUCCGUCGUUUUUCUGCCAGCGCUUCACAAGUACAAAUCGAACUGGGAUUUCAAGGUGAAAAUAAGAUGAUCUGGGAAACAUCUUGGAGAAAUUUGUGGUGAAAUGGAUAUACUCUAUUCAGCUAGAAAAGAAAGUUCUUUCUUUUUUUUUGUGUUUUGAACCUUCAAAAGAGAAAGUGGCGCUGAGAAGGUUUCAAAGUUUCAAUUUUGACGUUUUCUGUCGUUGCAGGCGACUGGAGGAAGUGGUUUAUUCGAAUGGAUCAUCGGCGAUUCACAUGUCGCGUCGAUUGAAUCCAGUUCCGGGCGAAUCGUUGCGAAUUCGAUAGGUUCGACUGUCGUGACAGCUGUCGACAAGAGAAACUCACUUCUCACCGAUCAAGCCAAGGUUUCCCACAGGGUUAAUCAGUUUGAAAAGAAAAAUCGAGUCCAGGUGCAUGUCCUCGACGCGGCCGGUAUCCAUUUCGGCGAAACGGUCCGAGAAACCUUCGUCGGAUCCGAUUUGGUGCUGAACAUCGCCCUGUUCGGCCAUUUGCCGAAUGGAAGCCAGCAAGUCGCUUUCCACGACUGCAGGAACGUGCCUUUCCGCGUGGAAGUCGGCGACGCCUCCCUUCUUGAGCACGUCGACGGUUUUUUUCCUUUUUUGGAUUUUUUUUUCUUGUUUUGUCGUUAUAGUCAUAGAUGUAAUCUACUAGGCGGUAAACAAGAAAUUUUAAAGCUAUGAACUAGAAAUCUAAACGUGUAGUUGAUCAAUUUGAAAGCCUGGUCUUACGGUUCUUCGCUUAAUUCUAAAUGCGUAGUGCAUUGAAUUGCGCCUUAAAGAGCUCGAAAUGUAGAAAAUGUUGUAAUUGGAACCCGGCGACCGUGUUCUAGGUGAAAGCCUUGAAUUAAAAAAAAGAAGGUCCAGUUCGAGUCGAGACUUUGAACGAAAUGUGAAGAAAAUUUCAAGAAAUAUCCAAGGAAUUUUUAAUUUUUGACAUUAGUAUUCAAAAAAAAAAAAAUAGUUUGCUCCAUUUAAGUUCAGAUUUUCAGAGGGAGCUCUUCUCUUGUAAAAAUAGGAAUUUUUUUACAGUUUGAGGCUCUCAGGGAUCUUAAUUUAAUAAAUUGAAGAGACUUUUUUUCUUUUGAAAUUUUUUUAAUGUAUCCUUUUUGAUCUCCCAUAACAUAAUGACGAUAUCGCAGCGGAGGCGACAUAACCGAAUUCUCACUGCGACAUCUUUACAAUGUCUUAUAAAUUCAACAUCAAAAAUUAUAAUUUGCGUUUUUUUCACUUUUUUUUUUUUGAAGAAAGGAAUCACAAACUCAAAUAAUGACCCAGACUAUUUUUUAAGAGCAAAGAGCGAUCUAGCGAAAGACAUUGGCGAGGUCGCGGUGUUACUUUCAUUGCGACGUAGUCCACAAUAUUUCAUUUUUCUAGACGCUCCUUCGACGAUCCCGACAGUUGGAACGGGCUGCGGAACUGUGACGCUGAAUGGUCUCGCCUCUGGAGAUACUCGAGUCGUCGUCUCUUUUGAUCACUUCAAAGCCACCAUCGAUGUGUCGGUUUACGAAAAGUUGGAGGUUUUUUCGCUGCAAAGAGCUGGUAAUUGAUCUUCUGACGUUCCAGCUGACGACUGACGACACGGCUGUGGCGAUCGGAAGCAGCCAUGCAAUCGAAAUUUUGGGCGGCCCGAGACCUUGGAUUCUUGAAUCGAGCAAUUUUUAUAGAACCGGUAAGAAUUAGAGUGAAGUUUGAGAAAAAUAAAUGAAGGGGAUACAAUUGAUUUUUGUCUCGUAAAAGUUUCUCUUCGAAAUUUUUAUCAAUUUCUUUCAAAAACUGUAGAAUGUAGUACGAAAGUCAAGAAUUUUUUUGAAUUAUUAAGGUUGGAAUUUGCUAGUUCAAAAAAUAUUUUAUCGCCAUGUUCAUAGAACUUUCGAGCUUUAUCUUUUUGAAUUUUUUUAUACAUAUACCAAGUUUUCAGGUGUUUUAAGUAUGUGAAAUAGUUUUUUUCUAAGUUUUUUUGAGGCUUUGGGAAAGAAAAAAAUAGAAGAAAGAAGGGUAUUAACAAAGAUUUCAUAAUUUUUUUCAAUUUUCAUUGAAAAAGUGUGUAACUGGAAAAAAAUAUGUAUUAUACGUUUUUGGAAAAAGUAGUGGUUUUUUUAAUCGAAAAAAAUUUAACAUUUCUAGAGAAUUUACUUGAGAGGCCCUUGAAUGGUUUCCUAAAAAGCGACCGCUAGAAAUCUUCUGAAACAAUAUAACUGUUAUAUGAAACAGGGUCCUAAUACGAUUCUCCUUUCAGCUUCCAAUGCCAAGAAUUUCAACGUCGACUUCGACAACGAGAAAAUCGUCGUCGAGUGUGGCGCGGAAGAAACGUUGGGCUCUUUCGAUCUCCGUGUCGGGAACAAAAAGUCGCCGUCUCUGCCUCUUCCGGUGCAUGCGACCGUUUCCGUGACGGUCUGCUGCGCCAGGCCGACGCGUUUGGAAAUCGUUUCCGAGAAGGCUCAGCCCCUGAAGUGUCCCACCAGCGUUGUAAGUUACUCCUUGGUUUUUUUUUUCCUAAUGAAAAGGGAGAAUAUAGUCAGUUUUUUCCGAUUUUAAAGGCGCUAUAAGCAAAAAGUAGUGUAUUUGCAAUGGCGCGAAUGAAAUUUCGGUAAGGAAUUUUUCCUUUUCCUUUUCAUUUAACAAGAGCUGUUGAAAUGGCGACCAGACCCGUAAAGUUGUAGUUAAGUAAAAAUAUGGAAAAUUCGUGAAAGGAUCAAGAAAAAUGGCUCUUUUGGCAAUGGGACCACCGUCUCAACAGUAAUUUUGUAUUCAGCAAUUUCGACUCACAACUUCCACAAUCGUGUUAAAAAGUUUACCUGACUUUUACUUAUUUACGCCAUUAAAAAGCGUGAUCUUUCAAAAAUAUAAGUUAAGGAGUUUUCUGGAAAUCUCUAACCGCAAAGUGAAAUGACCUUCCUUGUCAGUUAGAAUGAAAAAGGUUGAAAUUUCAGCACGCUCUACUGAUCGGAACGAAUGAACGUGUUCGUCUACGUGGCUAUGGAGUUUGUGGAGGAACAGCUAGAGAGCUCCAAUCGAUCGAUGGCCUCGAGGUGAAAUGGUCCAGCUCCGAUUCCAAGAUCCUCAAGGUCGAGAAAACCGGCGUCGAGAAGGAGAACCGUGAGUUUGUUCAUUGGAGAUGAUCUACAAAGCUUCAGAAACUUCUAAACAAGGCUAUAAAUUUUUAACCGUUCUUAAUGUCUUUCUUAAUCCGAGCUAGCUUUUCGCAGUUUUUUUUUCUACCCCCGAACCCGUUCAUUCGAUACGGACCGUCUUUGUGCAUGGGGCUUGGGGGAAACGAAAAUAUUCAGGCUAAAUUAAAGGCGCAGGAGACUCCUCAAAAAGCUAUGGGAAAGAAGUAAUUGAGACCCUCACGAGUCUCUGAGCGGAUAAGAAAAGAUAAUAAGUUGAUGACGUGAAAUUUGUUUCAGUGUUUGCGAGCCUCUCUUCGAAAUCAACUUCUGGCGUCGCCACAAUCACCGCCGACGUGGGAUCCGUGAAAUCGGCUGGGAAAUUGGCGAAACACCUGACGGCCAAGUAUGAAGUGACCGUUGCGGAGCCGAUUUCAAUCGAUCCGACCCGAUUGGUUUUGUGGAACGAGGCGAUUUCCACCGGCACCUUCAAUAUCCAUGGCGGUUCUGGGUAUUUCGCCGUCGAGGAGGAGGGCUCCAACAAUUGGCCGGUUGGCGUGGCGUUGAAAGGAAGAUUACUGCAGGUUUUGAUCCACCCAAAUGUCCUGGAAAGGUUGAAUUUUCCAGGUGACGCCGAAGCAGAACGGCCAGACGACGUUGAGGGUCGCCGAUGCCUGUUUCGUGGGCCAGACGGCCGAGGCCAACGUCCGAAUCGCCGACAUCCAUUCGCUGAACAUCCAAUCCCCUCACUUUGUAAUAGUUUUGACUUGUUUUUGAAAAAAAUCCGUUUUCCGUGUCUUGAAAGGACUUUUCUGCGCCCUCUUCGUCUCUCAGCAUGUAGAAUUACUGUUUUCAUUUCUCUUUGACGAGGGAGCAGAGAGACGCAGACGCUCGAAAAGUUUCAAGUCGCUGCGUUCGAAUUACGAAACUUGUCAGGGACUACAAAAGUAAAAAUAUGGGCUACGAAAGUAAAAAUAUCAUGAAACAAAAACUUCAUGGGAAAUUUUGAGAAUUUUUUUUCUUCAUGAGAAUUAGUAGGAGGUGAAAAAAUGAUUAAAAUUUCGAAAGUUAGGAAUAUCAUUUUGGCUUAAUGUUUACAAGAAAAUAAGGGUUAAUACCGUCGAAAAGGGCAAGAAAAAUGAGAAUUUUUUCUAAAUCUUCAUGUCAAGUGUUUCGUUUCCUUCGAUUGAUCGCUAGAGUUGCGUUUGUGGUUCCUUGAAAGGUUCUGAAGCUUCUUCAGCGAUCCCUUGAAAUAUUUCACUUUUUGGUUACGAUUUCAAUGAAUAAUCUGAAGUUUCUCUAGAGAGUUAUCUGAAGUAUGACUGUUUAAAUGUCUUUCUUCCAGGUAGAAGUUGGUCAAGAAGUCGAAGUGGAGAUCGUGGCGCAAGACGAGAAGGGAGAGACGUUCGUUCGGGAAAAUCGCGCUCUGGCCGACGCCGCUCUUGACGCCAGCAAUUCGCAUGCCGUUUUGAGGAAGUUCGUAGAAAAUAUUAAAAGAAGGGGAACCUAGACAUUUUGGCUGAAUGAUUGAUGUUCUUAAGAACGUCAAUUUCGUCUCCACUCUGAAACAAAAAAAGUUGGGAACGCGCUUUUUCUGCUAAAUUUUCAUAUGAUCCUGCGGAAUAUUCCUAAAUUUUUUUUCCAGGAUCGACGGCCUUCGUUACGUUUUGCGCGCCGAAUCCAUUGGUUCGGUCUCCCUCACCGCCACGGCCAAAUCAACGUCCGGACGAGCCUUGGCCUCGCGGCCCCGAGUCGUUCAAAUCUUCUCGCCGAUCUUCCUCCAACCCAAAAUCCUGACUCUGAUUCCUGAAAGCACCUUCCAGUUGGAAGUUGUCGGAGGACCGCAGCCGACUCCGCCCCUUCACUUCGCUUUGAAUUCCAGCAAGGUGUGUGGGGUGAUAUCUAACAAGGGAACUUUCUUAACCUCCGGCUGGACUCUUGAUGAAACUUGGCUACUGUGUACUUGAGGGCCUCUUGGUUUCAUAUCGAUAGUUUAUUUAAAAGUUGAAGGGCUGGAGAAAUUUCAAGUAUAGGAGCGAAGAGUUUGAAAAAGCAUGAUUUUUCGAAAUGAAAUAGCACAGGAGUAUGAUACUAGAUGGAAAAACUUCCGGUGGGCCUCAUUUUCCAAGGAACUAAUAUUAUAUUUCAAGCACGCUUUUUGCUGUUAUAAAUGAAAAAACGAGCAUUUUUAGGUUGCCAGCGUCGAACCGAACGCUCUGAUCACGUCUAAGGAUCUGGGCUGGACUUCGAUCACUGGAACUGUCAAAGUCGGCGAUGGACACGUCUCCAAAGACACUGUAGUUCUUCGAGUCGUCUCCCUGGGAGGAAUUGCUCUUUUCGCGAGCUCCCGAAGAAUUGAAGCCGGCGCCAAUGUUCAUGUCCGUCUUCGUGGCCUGGUCGCCGGAGCCGCCGAUGAAGAGCCAUUCGCUUUCGGAGGAGCCUUGUAUCCGUUCAAGGUGCGGAGAUGGAAAGAUUUUUCUUUUUUUCCGAGCAGUACUGUAGCUCCUAAAGUCUGUAGUUUGGUGCUUUGCCAGUUCCGCACAGGAUGUAUACUGUUUUAGGCCUCCUCUCUCGUGCGUUAAAAAGACUUUUGAAAAAGGAGGUUUUUCCUGGUGAAGAAGGUUUAGCCAGAAGCUCUGUAAUAUUUACAAGGAUCCCAAAAAAAUUUAAAAACCUAUUCUGCAUCUAGAAUUUGAAAUAGUUUUGCUAAAUUAAAUUUCAUCUCAGUUUUUCUGAAUAAAAUCUGUGAAUUCAAGGAACCUUCGAGCAGUCAUUUCAUGUUUUAUUUUUUAUUUUUGCAGUUUUUAAUGAACUUUUAGAACAUUUUCCAACACAAUUUUCGUUUCUUCUUCCUCUUCUUUUAUAAGCCCUCUUCCUAGCCUUUUUAAUUGUAGCAGAUCUUUCGGCAUUAUGUAAAAAAAAAGGUAACAAAACCAGGAGCAGAAGAGCUAUAAAAAUAAUAUUUCACAGUCUCUUCAAUGUGAUGUUAGUAUUACUCGGAAUGCGAAAAAAUAGUUUCGAUCGGGAAUUGCAAGAAAAAACACAGAAAUAGUCUUAUUUGUAGGUGACCUGGUCGGUUUCGGAUCCCUCGGUUCUGCAGACUAUCCAUCCGAUGGGCUCUGACGUCAGCGAAACGAACGAAAAUAAAUUCGCCAUUUGGUUCCACGCCUCUAGGACUGGGUCCGUGACGGUCAAGGUUGAGCAAAUCAAAAGAAUCACUGUUAAAGUUGGAAUUUCCCAGGUGCACGUUGAGUUGAACGAGAAGGCCAAGAAGCACUUUGUUGGCUCGACGCGCGUCUUAAACGCAGAAACUACAAUUAGCGUUGAGCAGCCGUUCGCUCUGGUGAAUCCGGAAGUUCAAGUCGGAGCCGUCCGAAUCGCUCCCAACUCCCAAAUCGACCUCAAAACGGCUUGGUGCGUUUCGAAAAAGAUUAAAAUACAAUUUUUCAGUGAAAAUACGGAAAAUAAAAAGUUUUGGGAGUCUUAGAAAGUUCUGUUUUGAAGGAUGAAGUGGUAUAAAAAGUAGUAAAACUUCAAGUUUUUCAAACGGAAAUCUAGUCAACUUGUCUAAGAAAACGUUUCCCCAAUCAUAAAUUUUUUUUCUCAGUAACCUUGAAGGUUGAGAUUUUCAAAAGAUCGAAAAUUCGAAUAUUUUUGCAAGGCGGAAGGCCAACUCUUUUCAGGCUUUUUUUUCAUUGGAACUUGACUUCCAGGCCUCAGUCCUCGGUGGUUUACUCGGUCAGUGCGGAAAGCUCAGCUCGGAUCUCCGUGACGUCAUCUGGACAACUUCGGUCGGGCGCCAGGGAAGGCUUCGCGGCUGUCACUCUGCGUCGCAAGGAUUCCACCGACAACGAGACGAAUCUUGUUCCUGUUCUGGUUGGUUUUGAGUCCUACUGAAGCUUUCAAAAUUUUUGGGAAUUUUUGAGAAGAAUAAAUAUAGGCUCUUAGAACUUGAUGCUGUAUCAAUUUCACACCUUGAAAAAUUCAAGAAUUUUUUUCAGAGAAAAUUGAAUAAUGAAAUAAUUGUUCACGGAACUGUCGUUGAUCAAGAUAAACGGCGCGUAGAUCAACAAGCUAUUAUUUUUUUAUAGUAAUAAACGAUUUUUGAACAUUCUUAAGACCAGUUCAUGAAGGAUUUUUUGAGAGACAUGAAAGUUAUCUGAAUACUCACUCAUAGAUAAGAUAAAGUCUCCAUACGUGGGCAACUAGAUUACUCGAUUAUGUCAGGAGGAGGAGUGGCUUGAAACGAUUUCUGAAUAGUUUGGGAGGAGGGAUUGGAGUCCUUUGAAAGAUGAUCUGAAAAUGAAUUAAACUCCUCGAAAAGAAUCCUUUUUGCUUUAUUGAACUACGCUUUGCUACCUCAUAGCCCAAUCGCCACGUCUUGAAACCAUUUGAUCUGUCUUCACCAUCUUUUUUCUCCACUCUGAACGGGUUUAUAAGAACUCAUUCUUCAUCGGAAAUUUCCAGGUCUCCCGCGUCCACUCGCUAGAUGUUCAGCUGCUGAACGAGCUGAAGGUCGUCCAGGCAAAAGCUCCUCUUCUUGGCCUUCCCGUUGGCGCUGAAGUCCAACUCCAAGUCGUCUUCCGAGACUCCAAAGGUCGUCAGCUCAUCGCCGCUGCGAACAAGAUCAACUACAGGCCUCAUCGGUGGGCUUUUAGAAGCUUAAAGGGAAGAAAAAGGAAACAUAGUUGAAAAAUUGAUCAAAAGUGUGGUUUGUAUGAGUAAAUACAGAAAGGGCUCAUUUUAAGAGUAAAAAUAAUUGAAAAUGUUGAAAAACACAAAUUAGACUACUCGAUUGCUUUUCAGAGCUUUUUUAAAAGAAAAACCUAAACGAUUUUUCGGUUACUCGGCUUCUGAGGGAGCGGCUUCUCAUGGACAUUCAGAGUCUUCUAGCAAAAAAAAAAUUUCGUUGCGAAUGUUGAAGUUUUUCAAUCGAAAAUUUUGUCUCCUCAAGUUUUUUUUUUCAAACUCACAAGCUUGUUUCCCAAAAAAUCACCUAGCACCUUUUUAUAAAUGUUUAAUGAUAAAAUGUUUUUGUCUUAAUUCGGAUUUUGAAGCUUCUAUUCCGGAAAAUUUCCAGAUUUGAUCUAACUGACAUCACGGCGACGAACAACAACAAUACUCUUGCGAUAGUCCUGAAAGCACCUGGAGAGACGGUUCUUCAGGUAAUGAUAUUUAUGGUUAAUAAUCGAACGAGGGUUUUUCUUACAGAUUUCCGACGCGACGACUCGUGAAAUCGCGACUUUUGUUCGACUCUCCGCCGCUGAAACGCUUCUUCCGACGACGGCUCUUCGGAAUCUGAACGAUUUGCUCGUUUCGGACAUUCUCUGCUUUCAACCGGCGGUUGUAGGAGGUAGAACAGUUGGAGUUUUGAACUUUUUUUUGGAAUAAGUAGCUUUUUUAAGAAAUUCUAAUAGUAACUCUGCUGAGCGCCAGAAGAAAAUCUCACAAAAAAGUUAUCUAACGGGUAGUAAGACGCCUAGAUCGAUCAGAUUCCUAAUUCUUUUUGGAUCAAAAACAGGUAAAAAGAGACCUUUUCGUAAUUUUUGGAAGAACUUCAGAAGCUUCACUUUUCUGUUUUGAGAUCAUCAGAAAGUCUUCAACUUGAAUUGUUUUUCCAAUGAAUAGAGUGUAGGUGUAUUGCCUAACUGUCAUCCUACCCACUUAUCGAUGGCCAGACUUGGUUUUGAUAAUAAUUUUUUGAUUUAAUUGAAAUGAACGUCGACUAGAAAAAAAAAGUUUUAAAGAGAACCUGAAGUGGUCUUCGAAAAGCUCGAACGAAGGAAGGAUCCAGUGGAUCAGCGGCGAAUCAGGAGUGGCCAGGCUGGCGAAGGAAGGGGCGACUCACGUCACUUCAAAAACUGAUGUCCAGACUCUCCAUUCCAAUGUUAGUUUUGAAUAGGAGAAACUGAACAAAAUGCAUUUUUAAAAAGUUAUGAAUUGGAAGUCCAAACGUCUAGUUAAUCAAGUUGAUAACGUGGUCUUACGGUCUACUUCAGUACAUUUUCAAACUUUUUUUUUCGCGCGAAAAAGAAUGGGGCGAGAUCCUGCUCAUGUAUGCCUCGGAAUGAGAGCGACCACUACUAUGAAAAAAUACUUCACUAUUAUUUUUAGUAGAAAAGUCGAAAUGUUUCUUACAGCAGAAAAGAACGGUUUCGAGAAAGAAAAAAAAAUAAUUUUCCAGUUGGUCAUACACAAGCCACACGCUCUUCGCUUCACUGACCGUCAGAAGCCCAGUAUCGUCUCCAACGACGACUCGAACUACGUUUUCACCAUCACUACCGCUACGAAUAAUACUAAGGACAAGUCAACGUCGAUUUAUGGAGGUAAUAUUAGAAAUCGGUUGAUUUAUAGUCACUUUCUUUUGGAAGCUAGACCACGUUUUGCGAAAAUGUCUCGGAAUCUUUAAGUGGUCUCUCCCAGAACUAAACUCAAAAAGACGUAGAAAAUAAUCAGAAAAAGGGAAAAAAACAGGGCGAUCACUAAAGUUCCUAAAUUCUUCCCUCACCUUGAACUACUUAAUAGAUCCGUGGAAACUUGAAGAAAUUUUUAAGGGCCCCUUCGAUUUUCCCACUCAAACUUUUCUUUGAGGAGAACCUUUAGAUGACUAUUUCACAUGAAACCUUUUUGAGAAGCGAUAUCAAGGGCUUUGAGCUCAUAGAAAAUUUUGAUAAAAAAUAGUCUGAAACGUUUUUUGGCUAGUUGUCUUCGAGUAGUGCUUUAAGAUAGUUUUUUUUGACUAGCUCCUUAAUUGUUCACUCUAGCUCCAUACUAUCUUUACUUCAGACUGCUCCGCUGAACAACAGAAAGUUUUGGAGAAAGACGUCGUCCCGCCUUUCGAAUGUUUCGUCGAGUUUGUGAGCAAGGGGAAAAACCUGCCGGCCGUGAAUUGGCUCAGCGCCAGCCCUGUCUUUGAUAAGGACUUUGGUUUUGGAAAAAUUUGAAGUUUCAAUUUUAUGUUGUCUCUGUAGGGUAUGGUUGCAAGAUCGCGCGGUUCGACGAUUCGUUGACGUCGACUCCGCUCAGUGUUCCCCCGGAAAUGGAGAAGAACCAGUUUGAUGUGCAGGUCACUGCCAGGUGGAACCUGGACGGCACGAAAAUCGAACAGGCCACGAUUCGUGUGCCUUUCUACUUUGCCUUGAGAGUAGAGGAGAAGGAAGUCCGGAGAAAAAUCGGAAAUCAGGAUGAUCCCCGUGCUUUCAGCUGGCCCUAUCCAAUGCCGAUCACUUGGGAGCGGCUCUGUCAAUUUGGGCGCCCCGGUACCACAAAUCUGACAUUGUCGUCCGCGGAUGCGAAGGAGAGAUCGUCAAGAUUGUCUCAACUUCCCAGACGGCCAAACAUGUUUCCCACGCUACCCACUUCUACAAUGUCUUGGUGAGUUAGGAGGGAAAAAUGGAAAACUAUAAAAUAGGCAGAGGGAAACAGACAAUGACAACUGGCUUGAAAAUCCUCUGAAAAAUGAUCUCUGUAACCAAAAAGGCGCAAAAAUAGGUGUGGAAUGUUUGGGAAUAUUCUUAUAAGGUAGGCACUUUUAGCAUGCGGCUCGUAAUUCCUUGAGAAGAAGUGAAAGGUUCAUAAUUUUGCGUUAAUCAGCUUUACCUUAAUUAUUGGGUUCACUGGAGUUUUGAGAGAUUUCCAGUAAGCUUCAAAAGAAAAACCUUUUUUUUCAUUCACGAAUUUUUCGUUUAAGAUCCUAGUGAACCUCAAAAAGCUCCUGAAAAAAAUGUUCAGCUCAACGUCAAGUCGGCGGCCCUCUUCUCCGAACUGGCCAAGACUUGCCACGUCACCGUCGAAAAUGCGAAGACGUCGCAGGUUAUUCGCGUACCUGUGAAGGUCCGCCUCGUCGACGAAGCCGCCAAGCACGUCUACAACGGUUUGCGAUAGUUCGGAACCUCCUAACUUUGGAUUUUCAGCCUUGGAAAGCAAGGGAAUGACGGAUAUUGUCCUCAUCGUCCUCCAAAAGUACUCCCAUUUGAUCCCGUCCAUGAUGGCCACUUGCGUCGUCGGCAUCGCUGUCAUUUUGGGUUCGUACGGGAGCUAUUUGUAGCCUGUGAAAUAACAAAGGCGUGUAGGAUGGUUUGACGCGUAGCUGCUGUGAGCCGGAAUCAUGAAAAUUUUAUAGUAGAAAAUAUUUCCUAAAGCUCCACUAAUUACAAGAUUUCAAGCCAAGCUUAUUAUUCGAACUGCUUAAAGCUUCAAAAAAGCACCCGACCUGAGUAGACUUGCGCGCGGGGGCUUAAAAUGAAAAAAAAAAAGCUAGAAGAAGAAACUGAGUUUAAGAAGCGGCGCUUCAAGCCUUUCCAUCGACCCUUCAUGAAAGAACUACGUUACAUAAUCAGGCAUUCUUUAUAUAACUAUUAUCAGCCUUCCUCUACAUCAAGUACAACUACUUGGAAAGGCGCGGAUCCUACAACGACACGUCCCGAUUUAAUGAAACCAGCAUGCAUCACACUUCGAUCGCCAGCUCUGUUCCCAGUUCGCCCAGCUCUUCAGGUUCAAUUUUUGAUAUUUUCCAGGGACUUACACAUUCAGCCGCUUCUUCAAAUUGAGAAAGGCUUUUUUCAGCAUUCUUCCGCGACUCGCCAAUCUUCAAGUCGACACCGAUCGCUGGUUCGCCGGCGUUCUUGCCCAACAAUCGUCUCCGUCAUGGCCUGGGAUCUGGUGGAGACGGCCGUCUGUGGACUUCUGAUAAUAAAAGUGAGCGGUGAAGACGAAAAGGAUUGAACAUCAGCAUUUUGAGGUGUAAUAUUCGUUUUUUUUUAUACGCAAAGGCUUGGCUGGAAGGCCCAGAUAAAAAAAGUGGUUUUUAAGAUAAUUCAUAAUUAUCUAAAAAGAAAAAUUCAUAAUAUUUAAAAAGUUUUUUUUACAGAUUCGCGAUGCUGA